AUGCCUGGGAUCGGGACGUCUGUGGAGGGUGUGAAGCAGAACAAGGGAGGUAGAGAGGGUGUUACGGGAGCCCGGUACUCGGAUGGGUAUGACCACGGGAACCAAAACGGAUACCACAGGGACCGGAUUUGGAAAGGGGACGGCAACGAAACCAAGAGGGGGAGGCAUAAGUGUCAGGGUGACCAUCCCGUCUGGAAUUCCACCUGUGUCAUCACAAUUGCAGCAGAAUUCCAAGCGCUGUCCCAAUCCCAGUGCCCAGACUCGUCUCGAAAACCAAAAAAGAGAGCGCACGGGGACAAGAACGAGCAUCGCAUGCAUAAACAAUCGAGUUGGGACCGCGAUAGUGGAAGUGGGAUUGCGGCGGAGGAACCAUUUUUACCUUCGCAUCUGGAUAGCAAUAGGAAAGGCGAAGGAAGAAGUCGUGGUGCCAGCAGUGAACAAGUUUGA